AUGGAUACUUCAGGCCCUUCCAGCAGCAACGCCGUGAUUGAAGAAGUAUCGGAGAAGCUUAAAAAUACCUACGAUAAUUCGCUAACGCCUAUGGUUGUGGGGGCUGGAGCUAACACAACGAACAUCAGCAUCCCAGAAAAAGAAAUAGGAGGAGGUUCACACCAAUUUACCCCAGACACUAGUCAGGUGCCUACAUAUAAUGGAACAGGAGUUUCACAACAGUAUAACCCACACCCUAGUCACUUUGUGUCUAUUAAGCUCUCCAGUCAAACCAACUAUAAGCUCUGGAAAAAACAAAUGAUGUGCCUCUUGGAGUACCAUGAUAUGCUUAGUUACGUUCAUCACGGAACGAUAAACCCCAUGGAUCAAUGGAAUAAGUCCAAGGAUACACUUGUGAAAGGAUGGAUCUUUGGAACAUUAAGUGAAGAUGUGCUCACCACUGUUUUAGACCUCGACAAUGCCUAUACAGUAUGGGAGAAGCUUAAGUUAAUCUACGAUAAUUCGCUAAUGCCAACGGUUGUGGCGGCUGGAGUUUUCACAACUAACAUCAGCAUCCCAGUAGAUCCAACAGAAAUAGCUUUGGCAGAGUACAUACCAUUAAAUAGAGCUAUUCUAAGCGGUGACUGGAAAAAUGCCCAAGAGUUUUUCGAAAAGGAGCCAGCUUCAUUGACGGCCAAAAUCACUAGGGAAGGUGAUAGCCCACUUCAAAUUGCAGUCGUUACAUGUCAUGAUAACCCGGGUUUUGUUGAAAAUCUCGUUAAGCUUAUAGACGCGGAAUCACUUCGAAGUGACAUGUGUUAUAAUGAAGGCACAGUCCUGAAUGUACUGCACCGUGCUGCAAUAGUUGGCAACACGGAGGCUGCAAAGAUACUCGUGGAGAAAAACCCGUCUUUGUUAUUUAUUGUUGACGGACAGGGUUACUUACCUAUCGCUAGAGCUAUUUACAGUUAUAAAACCUCAACUUCCCUCUACUUGUUUGAGGCUUGCAAAAUACAUAAAUAUAUCGCCAAAAGUAAUGGUUAUAUUAAUCCUUUUGAGGGGGUACACGGUUUAAUGAUUCUCAGUGGAGUGAUUGCUCUGGGACUUCUUGAUAUUGCUUUGGAGUUGAUCAAGGAUUACCCUGACUUGGCAAAAACAAAGGACUUCACUUCAUUAUAUUCUCCAUUGAAUUGUAUAGUGAAUAAACGAGAUGGGUAUUAUAGUGCAACGAGAUACAACUUCUACCAAAGAUUUGUUUACUCUUCUUGUGUAGUCAUGCGGAGGAUUUAUGUCUAUAUCUGGAAAGCUGCAUUAUCACAUGUGCCACAUAUCAAGUGCCUUCUAGAAGAUAAACUGAAACACCAAAAGUGUAUGAAGAUACUAGAGCGUCUAUGUGAUAAUGUUAGUGAAAUAAAGAAUGCGGCGGAUAUUCUUUAUCACAUUGGUUUGCCAUUUAAUACAGCUGUAGCAAACGAUAUUCCUGAGGCCGUUGCAACAAUCGUUAGAUUUUUCCCACAGGCACUUUGGACUUGUCAUACUAACGGUUUCUAUAUACAAUAUGUAGUAAGAUACCGUUGUGAAAAGGUUUUGAACUAUUUGGAAGAUCGGGUUAAUGGAAGCAUAAAUCUACUUCGGGCAGCCAUUGACUCGAAUGGUAAUAAUAUCUUGCACUUGGCUGGAGAAUUAGCACCUAUAGAUAAACUCAACAUGGUUUCUGGUGCUGCUUUGCAAAUGCAAAGGGAGGUACAAUGGUUUAAGAAAAUAGAGAAAUUUGUGCUUCCUAUAGCCAAGGAAACCCCGAACAAAAAUCUAGACACCCCAAUUGAGGUUUUUCGGAAAGAGCACAUGACACUAAAAAAAGAAGGUGAAGAGUGGUUGAAAAAGACAGCAGAUUCGUACACAAUCACGGCCGCCCUCAUUAUUACUAUAGUUUUUGCAGCAGCCAUUACUGUACCAGGUGGAAACGAUGACAAAACUGGGAAACCGAAUUUUGAAACAAAUGUCGGUUUCCUCAUAUUUGCUUUCUCAGAUGCAAUAUCAUUGUUCACAUCUACUACAUCGUUGUUGUUGUUUCUAUCAAUUCUCACAGCACGUUAUCAUGAGGAUGACUUCCUCAACAAUUUACCUAAGCGAUUAAUAUUUGGCCUCAUGAUGCUAUUCUUUUCAGUGACAUCCAUGAUGGUAGCAUUUAGUGCUACACUAUAUAUUAUGUUUGGACAGGGAAACACAUGGAUCCUAAUUCCGAUAGCCGCAUUAACAUGUCUGCCAAUUGCUACAUAUGUGAUAUUACAGUUUCCGUUGCUUGUUGAGCUCACCUCUUCAACAUAUGGUCGCGGAAUCUAUAGGAAAUCAGGUUACAGUAAAAACAAAUAGCAUCAUCUGGCUAGCGGCCAUGUCUGGAUUCUAAUUACUUCAGUUGUAACUUGUAAGAAAAUAACUUUUGUAAUUUGAUAACGGGGUGCAUUAAUUAUUUAUGUGACAAAUAAA